CUCCUGAAGAAGGCGCCAUAGAUUAUCCAACAAAAAAAAAGUAGGAUUUUUUUUAAAUUCCUGUUUCACACUGUCCUGCAGUUUCUGUCCCGCAGAAACACAUAUUUAUUGCGCAUUGAAGAGUCAGUCGGGCACAUGUAAAAAAAAAAAAAAAAAAAAAAGAAGCAAGAAAAGAAAUGAAGUCCAUGUUUUUGUUCAUUUUCAUUAUUUGGUUUGCAGCUGCAGAGCUAAAACCCCGGAAAGGGUCCGGUUUGGUGUGUACUUUCAAAGACAAGACAUAUAUCCCAGGAGACAGCUGGCAUCCUUAUCUAGAGCCUUUUGGGUACAUGUUCUGCAUACGCUGCGUCUGCACAGAGACAGGCCAUGUGAAAUGUAACACAAUCAAGUGCCCUGUCCUGCCAUGUGAAAACCCUGUAGCUGAGCCUCAGCAAUGCUGUCCGAGAUGCACAGACGAGCCGAGGAUUCCUGCAGGGCUGAGGGCUUCGGUGAAAUCCUGCAGGUAUAAUGGGAGCAUUUAUCAGCCCGGGGAGACAUUCACCAAACACAACCUCUUCCCAUCCAAGCAAAGCAAUCAGUGUGUUAUGUGCACAUGCUCUGAUGGAAACAUCUUCUGUGCUCUGAAAACCUGCCAACCUAUCACCUGUUCCUCCCCGGCGUCUGUUCCAGAUACCUGCUGUUUGCUGUGUAAAGAUCAUGGCGUCAGUGGGUCCUCAUCAACUGAGGAUGGAAACCAUCAGCUAAACAGAGGAGUUAGGCAUUCGGUUGAUCAGUGCUCUGGAGAACAGAGCAGGGUGCGGUCCAACCGCGCCACUGCACCCAGGACCUCUCCUAGAGGCCCGAGUCUCAGUAAACUCAACCUUAAAGGGGCUUCAGAGACCACCGUGAAAAUUUUGUUGCAGAGGAAACACCAAAGAGCGUGUUUAUACAAUGGCAAGACAUACUCUCAUGGAGACAUGUGGCACCCAGUUUUGGGUAAAGUCCUGGAAUGCAUCCUGUGCACUUGUACUGACGGGAUAUCGGACUGCAAACGCAUCACAUGUCCUACCCAGUACCCUUGCCAACAUCCUAUGAAAUCAGCGGGAAAGUGCUGCAAGACUUGUCCAGAGACUAAAGCUGAAAGUAACCAGACCCAGUGCUAUCUCGGACAUAAAAAUAACCUCUUGGUGUAUAAAGUUGAAUCAGCUCUGAAUGUUGACUCACCCAACGCAGUUAGGAUCAUUGCUGUUGAAAGACAAAGUACUGCUGAAGUUGAAGUACAAGUAUGGAACACUAUAGAAGGCGUUUUGCAAUUAAUGGAAAUUGGCGACAUUCAAAGGAAAGACAUUUUGGAUCAUCCAGAGAACUGCACGUUGCUCACAACACUCGAUGAAGAGACAUGGAGAAAAUUUAAAGAGGAAGGAGAAAAUCUGAGUAAAGCUCCUCAGACCACGAUUUGUGAAGAUGGCAUUCGGGAGAUUGUGACUUUCCUAAAUCCUAAGCAAACCGAAGGCCUGUGUUCACCCUAAUUGUCGCUAUAUGUAUCAUUAUUCAGAAUAACUACUUGGAUGUGCAAGUCAAAUAUAUUAUCUAUACUGUUUUUAAUCCAUCAUUGACCAUCAUGUUUAAUCAUCACAUAUUUUUAGUUUUAAACUGUUAGGUUGCACAGUCUGUAGCAGUGCGCUCGACAGCUGACUUGCUUAUGAUGUGUACUUGUAAUAAUUCAAAAACUAUCAUGAAUUUAGCUAGGUGCUGUAAUUAUAAACAAAAUGUGAACAUGUGAAUAAGAAAUGUAGAUUUCUUAGCAGCUUCAUUCAGUUGUAAUUUUGGGACGAAGGCUUCAAAGACUGUUUUGGCAUUCACUCAGUGGGAUCAGUAUUUGUGGAAGAAGGGAAAGGCUUUGCUUAAGUACAUGAAAGGAACUUGUAUUUUAAUAUAAGUUGGGAUAGAAGCCACAUUUUGUUUGUUUGUGUGGUCAUCAAAGUAUUUAUUGUAAAUACAGCAAGUUUUUGUCACCUUAUUUAAAGGGUAUUGUUUCCUAUAUGAUUUCUGUGUAUAUACAUGUGACUGCUUGAAUGUUUUUCUUAUUUUUCUUGAAGUAGUUUCAGGCAUUACAUGGGAGUAAAUGCACAGCUUUUUACAAUUGUGCCUUUUCUGUUGUUAGCUAAAGACCUAUUGUAGCUUCUUUUUGUAUGCAGCUGCACAGUUUGUUGUAAUAUCCUGAUAUUUUACUGCUCCACAUACCUUUUGUGUAUUUUACAGUGGCGGAUGUAGUUGAAUGCACUCUGUACCACCCCUCAUGGGUAUAAAUACCUUAAAGUUUUCUCUGA